AUGUUUACCACGCAUGAGGCAAGACGACGCCAAGGAACACAGGGCCGCAAAUCCAGCAACAAGAAUCCCGAAGAAGAUCAACGGAGGAUCGUUUACCUCGCUGCAUCGGAGAGUCCUCUGCAAGAUGCGAGUGUCAUGUGCGAAGAUCCCUUCGACUCUCUACCAGUCAAGAGCUUCCCGGGGAUGCAUGAACUGGUUGAAUACUACUUCGACGUCUACCCCGGUGUCUUGGCAAUGACUGAUGACCUCUUCUUAAAGAAAAAGGACAAAGAACGGAAUGCAGUUGGAAGACGAAGCAAUACGGUCUGGGACAUCAUGUCUUCGGAGGAGACACCGUUCCUCGUUCUCCUGGCAGAAAUGUCACGCUUCCUCGACACAGCCAACCCCCAAGCCAAGUGGCGGAAAUGCCACUUCACACUGCGGGAAAGGGCACUAAGAUCAAUCAGAGAGGGCUUGUCCAAGACAGCAACAGAGCCGUGGAAUAUCUCCGACGGCUACAUCGCCGCAGUAGCGGGCAUGCAAGGCGCAGCGACCAUCUUCGGCGAAAAGAAAGCCGCCAUCUCCCACCUCGCCGGCAUGCGCGAACUCGUCCGGCUGCGCGGCGGCAUCGACACCUUCCAAGGCAUCGCGCGCCGCAUCAUCAUCUGGUGCGAGUUCUACGUCUGCGCCGCGCACCACCUGCUGCCGACCAUCGCGCCCAUCCCGCCCGCUCCUUCUUCCCCUGUAGUUGACGACAACGACGAUGAUGAUACCUCGUCGCCCUUCCCCGCCGCCUUCCGCUCCCUCGUCUCCCUCACGCAUUCCCGGACUCUUGCACGUUUACCGCAGCACUGGCACUACCCCGGUAGUAGUCCGACCGUCUUCCCCCUCGUCCGCAUCCUCCACGCCUUGCAUCUCGUCAGCACCGCCAAGUCCGCAGCUUGGGCACCGGACCUCAUGCCGCCGGGCCCCUCGCGCGAUGCCGUGACGUCCGUCCUUGAUGAUGCGGGGCAUUCGCUGCUUGUUCAGCUCGCACUAUCCGAGGACGAGAGCGGCAUUGUCCAGGUGCAGGACGAAGAGGAGGACGAUGACGAGUGGAGGGAAAUCAGGGAGGAAGGGGGAGUAAGGGCGAAUGAGGCGGAAGGGGAGAAUGCGGAGGACCGCUGGCUCCGCGUCGUGCUGCUGCAUGCGGCGCAUGUCUAUCUCUGGGCCACGCUGAGCCAUAUUCCGCCUGGGGCGCAGAUGAAUGUGUUGUUUUUGGAGAGGUUGAGGAGAGCGUUGGAUUUGGAGGGUGGGGAUGAGGGGGGAGAGGAGAUUGGUAGUGGCAGUCGGAGUGGUGGUGGGGUUAGCGUGCGUGCGGCGUUAGCUCGGUGCGGUGGGGAGGCUGGAGAGGGCCUGAUGUGGGCGUUGGCGGUGGGGUGGUAUCUGGCGGACAAGAUAUGGAUCAUGGCGCAGAGCGGGAAAGAUCAAGUCCGCAUGGCGGCAAGAGGGGGGAUGAUGUUGGGGUGGUUCGAGGAUCGGAUUGCGGAGCUGUUGGAGGCGUUUGGCGUCGGGGAAGAAGGAGGCACGGAGCUUGCGGCGCGGGUGGUGGCGGAUUUUCCGGGGACGGAUGAGUUUAGGAGGGGCUGGCACUGUUUACUGUUGCAGCAGAGAUUUCGUGGGCUGCAUUACUGA